UCCAAACCCGUGCGUCCUUCAUCCAACUGGAGUUACGCACAGAUGAGACAUUUGGCACCAGUUCUAAUCGGUCUCUGAGUCCUGAAAUGGUGCAUCUUUAGGUGAAGCUGCUCGGUUUGAAGAAGUGGGGGAAAAAAGCCACCAUGAGGGUUUGUAACAGGGGGAUGAUGAUGCUUCUCACCACGGCGGGGGCUUUCUGCGCGUUCAGCCUCAUGACCAUCGCAGUGGGCACAGACUACUGGCUUUACUCCCGUGGGAUGUGCCGCUCCAAGAACCUGAACGACAACGAGACCGUCCAUAAAAACGAGGAGGUCCUGACCCACUCUGGGCUUUGGAGGACCUGCUGCACCGAGGGAAUAUUUCAAGGUGUUUGUAAAGAUAUUGAUCACUUCCCUGAUGAUGCAGACUAUGAGCAGGAUGCUGCAGAGUAUUUACUAAGGGCAGUCCGAGCCUCCAGCCUCUUCCCGAUCCUCAGUGUGGGGCUACUUUUUCUCGGGGGUUUGUGUGUCGCUGCAAGCGAGUUCUACAAGUCCCGCUACAAUGUCAUUCUCACCGCUGGUAUUCUGUUUGUCUCUGCAGGUCUUAGUAACAUAAUUGGCAUCAUUGUGUACAUAUCAGCCAACUCAGGAGACCCCAGUCAGAGCGACAACAAGAAGAGUUACUCCUAUGGCUGGUCAUUUUACUUCGGGGCACUGUCGUUUGUGCUGGCUGAGAUGGUGGGUGUCCUGGCAGUGCAUGUGUUUAUAGAAAAGCACAGGCAGCUUCGCACCAAAGGCCGGCCCUCGCUUAUGAAGCCACCCAUCUCCCGAAACUUAUCUUACCGCAACCGCUACUACCAGAACCGCAGCCGACGCUACAGCUACAGGAGCAACCACAGCAUGGCAGACUCAACCACACAUGGCUACCAAACAUCAGGGGUACGUGACCAGGAUCCCAGCGUCCCCAAUGAAUCUAAAGUCGCCACUAUGAUGGGAUCAGAGUUUCUUUUGUACGCCUUAAACUCACCUCUGAAGGAAAGCAAGAUUGACAUGGCUGAGGAGGAUUUAGCAACCGCAACUCACAACACAGACAUGUUGCCGGGAAACUGUGUGUCCAAUAGAAGGACCACACCUGUCUGAGAGGGGCCAAACUGGGGAGACAGUCUUCCUCGUGGUUCAAGGACAGUGGAGACUUUUCUUUUCUUCUGUUGGUAGAUUAUUUCAGAUUCAGACUGAACCAUUUUACUUUAUUACAGCAAGAGUCAACAGAAACAGAUGUUUACUUACUUCAUUAAAGGACACAACACCCUAUUUUCUUAC